AUGACGAACCCAAAGGUCAACGAUGAGAACGCGCCGGCGAAGGUAACCACCUCGAAUUCUGAGCUGAAACCAUGGCCGCCAUACAUCCAAGAUCGCCUCGAUCUGUGGGACAAGCUGAUGGCCAAGCACAAAGAAGAACUCGCUUCCAAGAAAAGCGAGCCUAUCAAGAUCACCGUGCCCGAUGGCAAGCAAUUCGACGCGGAAUCGUGGAAAACGGCACCGAUCGAUAUUGCCAUGCAGAUCAGCAAGGGGCUCGCUGAGAAUGCGGUGAUUGCCAAAGUGAAUGGCGAGCUCUGGGAUCUCGACCGUCCGUUCGAAGGUGACGCUACGCUUGCGCUGCUCAAGUUUGACGACGAUGAGGCGAAAGCUGUUUUCUGGCACUCGUCUGCCCACAUUUUGGGUGAAUCGAUGGAGCGGUUCUGCGGCGGUCAUCUUUGCUACGGCCCUCCGAUUGAGGAAGGGUUCUACUAUGACAUGUGGCACGAGAAGCAAACGGUCGGCCAGGAGGAUUUCCCUAAGAUUGAGGAGAUUGCAAAAUGUGCGGUGAAGGACAAGCAGCCCUUCGAGCGCCUGGAGGUCUCGAAAGAAGACCUGCUUGAGAUGUUCAAGUACAAUGAAUUCAAGGUUCGCAUCCUCAACGAGAAGGUCAAGACCCCGUCCACGACGGUUUACCGCUGUGGGCCACUGAUCGAUCUCUGCCGUGGACCCCACGUGCGGCAUACCGGUAAAAUCAAGGCCAUGAAAGUCACGAAGGCGUCCGCUUCGUACUGGGAGGGCAACUGCGAAGCCGAGUCGCUGCAGCGCAUCUACGGCAUUUCUUUCCCCGAUCCCAAGCAGCUGAAGGAAUGGGAAAAGUUCCAGGAAGAAGCCGCCAAGCGCGAUCACCGGAAGCUCGGCGUCGCCCAGGACCUCUUCUUCUUCCACCCGAUGAGCCCCGGGUCAGCGUUCUGGUACCCAAAGGGAGCCCACAUCUACAACAAGCUCGUCGAGUUUUGCCGAGGAGAGUACCGGAAACGUGGCUUCACGGAGGUGAUUACGCCCAACAUGUACAACGCCAAGCUGUGGGAGCAAUCCGGCCACUGGCAGCAUUACAAGGAUGACAUGUUCACGUUCGAAGUCGAGAAGGAGCAAUUCGGCCUGAAGCCGAUGAACUGCCCCGGGCACGCGCUGAUGUUCUCCCACAAGCCACGCACGCACAACGAGCUCCCCUACAGAUUCGCCGACUUUGGCGUGCUCCACAGGAAUGAAAUGUCGGGCGCCCUCUCCGGGCUCACGCGCGUCCGCCGCUUCCAACAAGACGACGCCCACAUUUUCUGCCGCCCUGACCAGAUUGGAGACGAAAUCCGAGCAUGCCUCGACUAUCUGGAGUUUGCCUACGAGAAGGUCUUUGGCUUCACGUUCAAGCUGAACCUGUCCACGCGCCCGGACAACUACCUCGGCGAGCUGGAGGUGUGGAACAAGGCUGAAGCGGAGCUGGAAACGGUCCUGAACCUCUCCGGACGGCCGUGGAAGCUGAACCCGGGAGAUGGUGCCUUCUACGGUCCGAAGAUUGAUAUCACGAUUCAGGAUGCCCUGAAGCGCAACUUCCAAUGCGCCACGAUUCAGCUGGACUUCCAGAUGCCCGAGCGGUUCGACUUGCACUUCUUUGACGAAAAGGGCGAGAAGAAGCGCCCGGUGAUGAUCCAUCGUGCCGUGCUCGGUUCGGUGGAACGAAUGACGGCCAUCCUCACGGAAAGCUUCGGCGGAAAGUGGCCCUUCUGGCUGAGCCCGCGUCAGGCUAAAGUCAUCACGGUGCACGAGAGUGUCAGCGAAUACGCCAGGUCCGUCAAGGAGAAGCUCUACAAAGCCGGCUUCGAGGUCGAGUACGAGGAGGGCUGCUCGGACACGAUGAACAAGCAGAUCCGGAACGCCCAGCUCGCCCAGUUCAACUUCAUCUUGGUUCUCGGCGUGCGCGAGAUGGAGAAGGGCACGGCCAACGUGCGCACGCGAGAGAAUGCGGUCCUCGGCGAGUUCCCGCUCGACGAGCUGAUCACCAAGUUCAAGCAUUUCCAAGCCGAAUACGUCCGUGAGGCCGAGAAGCCCGAGGUGUUCAAGGGCGAAUCGUCCGCU